AUGAUUCAGGGGGGCGACUUCACCGCGGGCAACGGCACCGGGGGCAAGUCCAUUUACGGUAACAAGUUCCCGGACGAGAACUUCAAGUACCGCCACACCGGCCCCGGCAUCCUGUCGAUGGCCAACGCGGGACCCAACACCAACGGCAGCCAGUUCUUCCUGUGCACCGUCGAGACGCCCUGGCUGGACGGCCGCCACGUCGUCUUCGGCGAGGUGCGCUGA